AUGCAGGGGAACGGGCAGCAAGCCGGGAAGGGACACGAGGACCACUUGGCCAGGGUAGGGGCUGCUGAUGGCGGGUUGCAGGCUGCGGCUGUGCCCAUGCUGCCGGCCAUGGAGCUGGCCGAGGAGCCGGAGAAGCCUCCGGGCGGCAAGAGCAAGGAUCCCAACACCUACAAAGUGCUCUCGCUGGUACUCUGUGUCUGCAUGUUAACAACAAUCCUAGGAUGUAUAUUUGGUCUGAAGCCUAGCUGUUCAAAAGAUGUGAAAACCUGCAAAGGUCGCUGCUUUGAAAGGACCUUUGGAAGCUGCCGUUGUGAUAAAGAUUGUGUCAAGCUUGGAAACUGCUGCUUAGAUUACCAGGAAACAUGUAUACAACCAGCCCUCACAUGGACCUGCAAUAAAUUCAGAUGUGGAGAAAAGAGGCGACCAGAAUAUCGUUGCUCCUGUUCAGAUGAUUGUGUGGAAAACAAAGAUUGUUGUGUCAAUUAUCAAGCUGUUUGUAAAGGAGAGGCAAGCUGGGUUGAAGAAGAGUGUGAGAACAUUACUGAACCUCAGUGUCCAAAAGGAUUUACCAAGUCUCCAGUGUUACUAUUUUCAUUGGAUGGCUUCAGAGCAGAAUAUUUGCAGACUUGGGGUGGACUUCUACCUGUUAUUAGCAAAUUGCAGAAAUGUGGAACAUCCACUACCAGUAUGAGACCAGUGUAUCCUUCAAAAACCUUUCCCAACCAUUACUCCAUUGUUACAGGGCUGUAUCCUGAAUCUCAUGGUAUAAUUGAUAACAAGAUGUAUGACCCAAAAAGAAAUGCCUCCUUCACCCUUAAAAGUAAGGAGAAGUUUAAUCCGCAGUGGUACCAAGGCCAGCCUAUCUGGCUCACCGCCAUGUACCAAGGGCUGAAAGCAGGGACGUUCUUCUGGCCUGGGUCUGAUGUAGCAGUGAAUGGAACCUUUCCAAACCUCUAUGAAAUAUACAAUAGCUCAAUCCCCUUUGAAGAAAGAGUAGUGACUGUUCUUCGCUGGCUGGAGCUACCUGAAGAUGAAAGACCACACUUUUACACUCUGUAUUUAGAAGAACCAGAUUCCUCGGGCCAUAAGUUUGGACCAGUAAGCAGUGGAGUCAUUAUGGCAUUACAGAGAGUGGACCGAAUAGUAGGGAUGCUGAUGGAUGGUCUAAAGCAAAUGAACUUGCAUAAAUGCUUGAACAUUAUUUUUAUAUCAGAUCAUGGGAUGGAAGUAGGGAGCUGCAGAAAAACAGCAUAUCUGGACAGCUAUCUCGACAAUGUUCAAGAUUUCAUAGUUGUACCUGGUCCUGCAGCUCGCCUAAGACCUAAUAAUGUUCCAGAUGAGUAUUUCUCUUUUAAUUAUGAAGGCAUUGUCAGAAACCUCACGUGCAUGAAACCAAACCAGCCUUUCAAAGCUUAUAUGAAACAGCUGCUACCCAAGCGUUUCCAUUAUUCCUAUAAUGACCGGAUCGAACCGCUGCACUUUUAUCUAGAUUCCCAGUGGCAGCUUGCUCGAAAACCACUUGAGUUUAAAAGCUGCAAAGGUGGAUUCCAUGGCUCAGACAAUCGCUUCCCCAAUAUGCAGGCUAUCUUCAUUGGUUUUGGACCAGGAUUCAAGUUUGGUACUCAAGUUGAUCCAUUUGAAAACAUUGAAGUAUAUAAUUUAAUGUGUGAUUUGCUUGGUUUGAAACCAGCCCCAAACAAUGGAACUCAUGGACGCCUAAACCAUCUAUUAAAGCACCCUGUUUACAGCCCCCACCAUCCCAAAGAAACAAGUCAUCCUUCUGAAUGUUCUGUGAUGGGAGAAAGAGCCUUUUCUGUGAGUCCUGGGUGCUCCUGCAGGACAGGGGGCUUGCCAAUAAGGGAUUUUCAUCAGCGUUUAAAUCUUACUGAAACAGAAGUUGAGAAGACAAAGGAACUUAAUUUACCCUAUGGACGGCCCAGGGUUCUGCAGAAAAAACACAAUUACUGCCUCCUUUACCAUUCCCGCUACGUAAGCGGGUACAGCAAGGACUACAGGAUGACUCUAUGGAGCGCGUACACUGUUGGCAAAGAUGACAAAUGGAUUUCUUCUGCAGGAGUUGCCCCCAGCUGUUUACACAAAGAUGUUCGUAUUUCACAGAAUCAUAACCAGACCUGUUUGUUUUACAACAAUCAUCCUCGCCUCACUUAUGGAUUUCUUGCUCCUCCAAAUUUUAUGACAGAUGAAAGGAAACCUCACUAUGAUGCCUUGCUUACCAGCAACAUUGUGCCAAUGUAUCCUGCAUUUAAAGUGUUAUGGAACUACUUCCAUCAACACCUGCUCCCUGAAUAUGCUGCAGCCAGGAAUGGUGUCAAUGUAGUCAGUGGUCCUGUGUUUGAUUAUGACUCUGAUGGGCUCUAUGAUACCCCAGAAAAGUUGAAAAGAUACCCUGGUAAUUCAGAAGUUCCAGUUCCAACUCACUUCUUCAUUGUGCUGACUAGCUGUAAAAAUGCUUCUGAAACUCCCCUGGAGUGUGAAGGGUCUCUAGAUGCCUUGUCUUUCGUUGUACCUCACAGAGAAGACAACAGUGAAAGCUGUGCAGAUGGCAAGUCUGAGUCCACGUGGGUUGAAGAGAGAAUGAAGUUUCAUAUGGCUCGGAUCAGAGAUAUAGAAUUACUUACUGGACUCAGCUUCUAUCAAGACAGAAAACAGCCAAUACCUGACAUUUUACAGUUAAAAACAUUUUUACCAAUUUUUGAGACAGUCUGA